AUGUUUCGCGUACGAACGACGAACACCAUCACCCGCCGCUGCCGGGUCGCGGCGCCGGCACCGCGCGCGCUCGCGCGGUACCACGACGACGCGAGCUUUGGAUACCGCGUGCCGAGCAAGUACACGCUGCCGGACUACACCGAGGCCGAGCUCGCCAACCGUAACGACAAUGCCCCGCUCCUGCGCUACGUGGAGAGCGUGCGCCGACACGGCCACCGCGCGGCCAAGAUCGACCCCCUGGACCUGAUGGAGCGCGACCCCGUCGGCGCGCUCGACCCCUACCGCUACGGCCUGGAUGACAACACGUCGUACCCGCUCAACGGCAUCCUGCACCUGCCCAACUCGACGACACCGCGCUCCGAGGCGGGCGAGGGCGAGAACACGUCGCUGCCGCUCAAGGACAUCCGCGAGCACCUGAUGGGCACGUACGUCGACCGCAUCGGGUACGAGUUCCAGCACUGCCCGAACAAGCACGAGCGGCUGUGGUUCUCGCACCACCUCGAGACGCACACUGCCAGCCCGCCACUCGCGGACGGCAUCACCGCCGAGCGCAAGAAGCGUAUCUGGGAGCUCCUGUCCCGCAGCGAGGAGUUUGACCGCUUCAUGGGCAAGAAGUUCCCCAACCUUAAGCGCUACGGCUGUGAAGGUGCCGAGAGCAUGCUCCCUGCCCUCGACACUCUGUUCGAGCUCGGCGCGGAUGCCGGCCUGGCCUCCAUCAUCGUCGCGCUCCCCCACCGCGGCCGCCUCUCCCUCCUCACCGAGCCCGAGCUGUUCGGCUACUCCGCCACCCAGCUCUUCUCCAAGGUGCGCGGCUCGCCCGAGUUCAACCCAGAGAACGCACCUGGUGCCACUGGCGAUGUGAUUAGCCACCUGGCUGCGAUCAAGAACCUCGACUACGACGGCAAGGGGGUCAAGAUUGAGAUGCUCCAGAACCCCUCCCAUCUCGAGGCCGCAAACCCCGUCGCACUCGGCAUCACCCGAGCCAAACAAAUGUCGCUCCUCAAGUCGUCCCCGGCCGAGUGCCAGCUUGGUGACCGCGUGCUCUGUGUCCAGCUUCACGGCGAUGCGGCGUUCAGCGGACAGGGCGUGGUGGCCGAGAGCUUGGGCCUCAGCGGCCUGCCUCACUACGGCAGUGGCGGCACUGUUCACAUCAUUGUCAACAACAACAUUGGCUACACCACGCCGGCGACCUUCAGCCGCUCCAGCGUGUAUGCCUCGGACGUCGGCAAGAUCAUCGGCGCGCCGAUUCUCCAUGUCAACGGCGACUACCCCGAGGACGUCGUUCGUGCCAUGGACGUUGCGUUCCAGUACCGCACCAAGUUCCGCAAGGACAUCAUCGUCGACCUGAUCUGCUACCGUCGAUGGGGACACAACGAGCUCGAUGAGCCCGGCUUCACUCAGCCCCUCAUGUACGAGAAGAUCCGCUCGCGCAAGUCUGUCCCCGAGCUGUUCGAGCAGCGCCUCAAGGACCAAUCGGUGCUCACUGAGGCCGAUGCCAAGGCAGGCCGUGACGCCUACAAUGCCAAGCUCAACGACCAGCUUGCCGGCGUCGACAGCUUCAAGGCCGAGUCGGAGAUGCUUGGCGGCAAGUGGAAGGACAUUGUGUGGCCGGCAUCCAGCGCCGCCAACCCGGCGCCGGAGACGGGCCUCCCGAUUGACCGAUUGACCGAGGUCGGCCGUGCGAGCGUCACCCUGCCCGAUGACUUUAACGUGCACUCGCGCCUGAAGCGCCACAUUUCGGCGCGCCUCAAGGCCCUCGAUGCCAAGGUCGACUUUGCAACGGCCGAGGCGAUGGCGUUUGGCACGCUGUUGCAGGACGGUUAUGACGUCCGAAUCUCCGGUCAGGACGUCGGUCGCGGCACCUUCUCUCAACGUCAUGCCAUGUUUGUCGAUCAGAAGGACGAGUCGUGCUUCGUGCCGCUGAACGAUUCGCUCAAGGCGCCCGGCAAGCUUGAGCUGGCGAACAGCUCUCUGAGUGAGAUGGCGGUGCUCGGGUUCGAGAUUGGAAUGAGUUGGGGCAACCCCCACCUGCUUCCCAUCUGGGAAGCGCAGUUUGGUGACUUCAACAAUGGGGCCCAGAGCAUGAUUGACACUUUCCUUGUCGGUUCCCAAGCCAAGUGGCUCAAGCAGACUGGGCUCGUCAUGCUCCUGCCGCAUGGCUAUGACGGAGCUGGACCUGAGCAUUCGUCGAGCAAGGUUGAGCGUUUCCUGCAAAUGUCUGAUGACGGUGCCGCCACGCCUGCCCAUGACGUGAACCUUAUCGUGGCAAACCCGUCUACGCCAUCGCAGUUGUACCACCUGCUGCGUCGCCAGGUUGUACGCAACUUCCGCAAGCCUCUGAUUGUUGCGUCUCCCAAGGGCCUGCUGCGUUCUCCUGUUGCAGCGUCGCCAUUGUCGGCCAUGGGACCUGGCACCAAGUUUGAGCCCGUUAUUGCGGACAAGGUGGAGGGACCGGUUCGCAAGGUGCUCGUCGUAUCCGGCAAGCACUACUACACGCUCGCCGAGGCGCUUCAGAAGGCAGGUGACAGCAAUGUGGCCCUUGUUCGGGUCGAGGAGCUCUCACCGUUCCCCACGGAGGAGCUCAGCAAGGCGCUAGAGGCAUUCCCGGCGGACACGGCUGUGACUUGGGCGCAGGAAGAACCGGCAAACCAGGGUGCAUGGACCUAUGUCCGGCCCCGUAUCGAUGCCAUUCUCAAGAAGCGUGGCUCUGAGCCGGUCGGCUAUGCAGGACGCCGGGCCCUACCCACCACGGCCGUGGGUGUUGGCGCCUGGCACAAGGCCGAGACGGAGGAGAUUGUUCGUGACGCGUUGGCCUAG